AUGCAAGUAGCUGCGAACAAGAAACGCAGAGAUGUGGAGUUCAGUGUGGGAGAAUGGGUUUAUUUAAAGUUAAGACCAUACAGACAAACUUCAGUAGCCAUGAGAAGAGCGGAGAAGCUAGCCCCAAGGUUCUUUGGGCCAUAUCUGAUUGAGAAGCGAGUGGGGAAGGUGGCUUACAAGCUUGCGCUACCUGCUCAUAGCCUGAUCCACCCGGUCUUCCACGUCUCUCAGUUAAAGAAGGCAGUGGAGCCUCAAACUAAGGUACAGGAGCUUCCUCUUAUUCUUUCAUCGUCUUUGGAGUGGAAUGCAGAACCAGAAGAAGUGUUAGAAGUUCGAAGGUCUAAUGUUGACAAGCGCGCGGAAGUGUUAAUCAAAUGGAAAGGCCUUCCUGAUUUUGAGAGUUCGUGGGAGUCAGUUCAGAGGUUGAUGGAGCAGUUUCCAGAUUUUCAGCUUGAGGACAAGCUGGGUCUUCUUCGGGGGGUAUUGAUAAGUUAG